UCUCUGACCGCAAAGUCUUCCGUGGCUCCUCUGAAAAUAAUCUCCCCCUUUUUUUCUUUCUCUCUCCGUUUAUCUCAAUUGAGUUUCCAGCUCUUUUGUUCGCUCUUCUUAUCACUUGGAAAAGGUGAACCCUCGUGUUUUUUUUUUUAUUUUAAUCUUUGCUUUAAUUGUAGUUUUUACCCUUGUGGUCCCUGAUGGCUUCGCACAGUGAUACUCUGGUGGUGUUCUUUGGGGCAACAGCUGGUGAAAAUGGGGGUAAACUGGGUUCGGAUGAGAGGGAAAUAAUUCUCUUGGUGUGGCAAAUUGUGGAUCUACAUGAGAAAAAGGUCGGGAAGCUUCAUAAAUGUUUUGUCAAGCCGGACACCUUGGAGCUGACAGACCAGUGUAAAGAGGAGACUGGGCUGACUGUGGACGACGUCGUCAAAGCUGAGCCACUGGACAAAGUUCUGCAACAGUUCCAGCAGUCAGUGUCAUCAGAAGUAAAAUGCCUUGGCAGGACCACGUACACACUUUGUGUGGACACUCCCCUUGUCAUUCGUCAGGCCCUCCACCCAGAAGCUUCCAAAAAGAAUCUGGUCCUACCUGAAAUAUUCUUUUCAUUUGUGGAUGUGAGAAAGGAGUUUCACAAAUGCUGCCCAAAUGCUGGCCUUGCGCAGAAGCUCACACUCACCUCGAUGUUGGAAUAUGUUGGUCUCCCUGCUGUGUCAGAGGAGUCGAUAGGGGUGAGGGAGGUGAGGAGCAUGGUGGAGCUGACGCUCUGCAUACUGGCUGAGCCCCACAAUCACAAAUUCUCCUGUGUUGAAACAGUGAACUACAAGUUUGACUCAGGCACAUGCAGUAAGACUGAGCCGGUGGACAGUGAGGCUGUGAUCAGAGCACGAGGGCUUCCAUGGCAGUCCUCAGACCAAGACAUUGCUCGCUUCUUUAAAGGCCUCAACAUCGCCAAGGGUGGUGUGGCGCUGUGUCUUAAUGCUCAGGGCAGGAGGAAUGGCGAGGCCUUAGUUCGCUUCAUCAACUCUGAACACCGAGACCUGGCAUUGGAGCGCCACAAACACCACAUGGGCAGCCGCUACAUUGAGGUCUACAAGGCCACAGGAGAGGAAUUCCUCAAGAUUGCUGGAGGUACAUCUAAUGAGGUGGCCCAGUUCCUGUCCAAGGAGAAUCAAGUGAUUAUCCGUAUGCGGGGAUUACCAUUCACUGCCACACCACAGGACGUGUUGGCCUUCCUUGGUCCUGAGAGCCCAGUUACAGAUGGCACCGAGGGUCUGCUGUUUGUUAAGUACCCAGAUGGGCGACCCACUGGUGACGCCUUUGUGCUCUUUUCCUGUGAAGAGUAUGCACAGAAUGCGCUGAAGAAACACAAACAGAUCCUCGGGAAGCGUUAUAUCGAGCUGUUUCGGAGCACUGCAGCAGAGGUGCAACAGGUUCUGAACCGCUACAUGUCCACACCUCUGAUCUCCACACUGCCCCCUUCGCCAAUCAUGCCUGUCCCAGUCCUCACAACACCUCCGUUCCUUCCAGCAGCCAGCAGCACUCGCGACUGCGUACGCCUCCGUGGUCUGCCCUACACUGCUGGCAUUGAAGAUAUCCUGGAGUUCAUGGGAGAGCACACUGUUGACAUCAAACCCCACGGAGUCCACAUGGUCCUCAACCAACAGGGACGGCCCUCUGGUGAUGCCUUCAUCCAGAUGAAGUCACCUGACAAGGCAUUUAUGGUAGCCCAAAAGUGCCAUAAAAAGACAAUGAAGGACCGGUAUGUGGAAGUCUUCCAGUGCUCCACAGAGGAAAUGAGCAUUGUCCUGAUGGGUGGAACUCUGAACCGCAGCGGCCUCUCCCCACCCCCCUGCAAGCUUCCCUGUCUGUCUCCCCCCACUGCCUAUGCUGCAUUCCCCACUCCACCUGCCAUUCUCUCUGAAGCUGCCCUCUACCAGCCUCCCCUGCUUGCCGCUCCCAGACCUCCUCAAACCACCGCACACAGCCCUGCUCACACUCUGGCAUACUACCCCCCUCAGCCACAUCUCUAUAUGAACAUGAACAUGAACUACACUGCCUAUUACCCCAGCCCUCCAGUGUCUCCCUCCACAGUUGGCUACUUUGCAGCUUCACCUGCAGUGGCAGCAGCAGUUGCAGCUCAGCCCCACCAUGCUGCAGCUGCCGCCUCUCCUGUAUUACCCCAGCAUGGUGCCCUGGUCAGGAUGCAGGGUCUGCCCUACAAUACUGGAGUCAAGGACAUCCUCAGCUUUUUCCAGGGAUACCAGUACGCCCCUGACGAGUACAGCGGCAUGGUUCAGAUGAGCGAACAGGCCAGGAGUCUGAUUCAGCCCAAAGAAUGGCUCUGUCUUUAGGGACUCGCCCCAAGCUUCAGCCAGACGCCGUUCUCAUCUUGUAUAACUUCAGUGGGCAAUGCAGCGGCGAGGCCUUGAUCACCUUCCCCAGUGAGGAGAUCGCCAGGCAGGCUGUAGCCGAGCGCUCCAACCACCCCUUCUAUGGGCAGCAGGUCCACUUGGCCUUCUGUAACUGACCACUAGCCCUCCAUCUCCUUCCACCUCGCUCAAUUUAGCAUCCCACCAAAGAGCACUCUCCUGCAAACACCUCUUCAACCUCAGGUUACUCUGUCAAACAGCUAUUGCUCCUCUCAUUUUUCCACGAUCUGCUUUUCACACCUGACACUACUGGUCCUGGCACUCCUGAAGCUGCUGUUGGAAUUUGAGCAUCUACUUACGCUCAGAUUUUCAGGUUCAUGUCACUUUGUGGAUGUCAUGUAUAGCAUUUCUAUGUGUUUGCACCAACUGUAAUAGCUGGUUGUGGAGAAGAGAGAGUAAGGAGUGUGGACAGAUCAUAUCAGUGUCUCUACAAACCUAAAUGUGGAUGAUCAUUUAAAUGCACACUGCAUGUGUUCCCCAUAAAACUGUACAGAUGUUCAUCCUGGAAUGCUUGAGGAUGUAAAAAAAAAAAACAAAACAAACAAAAACAAAAUACAAAAACAACCAACUUCUACACACAGUCAUUUAUGUAUAUUUCUAAAUUUUCACUUUGCAGCAGUGUGGGAUUUCCUGUGUGUUCGCUCUGUGCAAGCACAGCUGCGUGCAUGCGUAGGCUUUUGUUUAUUAUCUGGUGGCCUGCAGCAGUGUAUUUGUAACACUGAAAAGAGAAAAAGCCAUAAAGUGUGACUUAGACUACUGAAAGAGAGUAUAACUGUACACUUGUACUUGUAAACUGUCAUGAAUUAAUUUGACAUAACUUUGAGCUUCAGGGACUACUAGUUUAUACACAGCUGUGCAAGAGGAGCAACUAAUGCACAACUUCUGUUUUCUAUUAAAAAAAACAUUUAUGUACAACAUACUGUCAUCCUAUUUAGACUUUUUCCAAGCACUACAAAUUUCUUUUUGCUUCAGUCAGACUUGAAGAACUGAGUGUCUUUAACAGAGUAGCACAAUAAAAUAAUUAUAUUUUUAUUAAUGUCAUUUCUUUACAAAAACUAAGAUUUUGUUAUCAAAUGAACAUGUGUUUCCUAAAGUUGUUUAUAAUUAGCUACUGUAUGUCUUUUGUUCUUGUCUCCAGAAUAUUUAUGUCUGUCUGUAGCAUGCUUUAAUUCCUAUCAGAGUACUGUGUAAAGCUGCAUGAGUUUUUCCUGUGGCAGGCCCUCUGACAGCUCACUUAGUUUUUCACCUUUACUGCGCCUACAUCACCCAGAGUGCUAUACUGGCCCAAAAGAGGCUAGGGCAACCUCUGGUGGCAGAGGAGAUAUUUCUUUUUGUAGCAAGUUUGAGACUUGCCUGAAUUUAGAUCUAUGUAUAGACUGUAAAGAAUAAAAAGUGUUGACAAUGA